AAGCUUAAAAACCAUCUCAAAGAUCUUUGAAGAAAAAAAAAAUCAUUUUUUAUCUAUGCUUCUCGCCCUAGCUUGACUGCCCAACGGUUGAGUAGGCUGUGAAAUUUUGCGGGAUUAGCUUUCCUUGGAUCUUGAAUUGUGAUUCAACCGCCAUUUUUGGCCGAAAACAACCUUUUUUUUUUUUUUUUAUCAAAUCAAAUUAUAAAAAGUUAAAAAAAAUAGUGGUAAGUGAGAGGAUAAUAAUAAAGGCCUACAAAAGAAGCGGAGGGAGAGCAGAAUGGAAAGGUGAUGUGUAAAUGAGCCAAGUCUCUCUUCGCUCUCUUGCGCCGUUCUCUUCUCUUUCUCUUGCCCAAAAGCUCUCUUUACCUUCUCCCUUGUUUGGCUCUCUCCCUCUUUCCUUCUCCACAAACUCUCCUCCCUCCUUUCUCCGCUUCUCUCUCCGAUCUUUGUCUCUCAGAGCAAUGGCAUCCCACAUUGUUGGCUACCCUCGGAUGGGACCAAAGAGGGAGUUAAAGUUUGCAUUGGAAUCUUUCUGGGAUGGUAAAAGCAGUGCCGAGGAGUUGCAGAAGGUGGCGGCAGAUCUUAGGUUAUCCAUCUGGAAACAAAUGGCUGAGGCCGGAAUUAAGUAUAUUCCUAGCAACACAUUUUCAUACUAUGAUCAGGUGUUGGACAACACGGCAAUGCUUGGUGCGGUCCCUCCUAGAUACGGUUGGAAUGGUGGUGAGAUUGGUUUCGAUGUUUAUUUCUCGAUGGCUAGGGGUAAUGCCUCUGUGCCUGCUAUGGAAAUGACCAAGUGGUUUGACACCAACUAUCACUACAUUGUCCCGGAAUUGGGACCAGAUGUUAAGUUCUCCUAUGCAUCUCACAAGGCUGUGGAUGAAUACAAGGAGGCCAAAGCUCUCGGAAUUGACACUGUCCCUGUUCUUAUAGGCCCUGUGUCUUACUUGUUGCUAUCAAAACCAGCAAAGGGUGUGGAUAAAUCCUUCUCUCUUCUUUCACUAAUUGACAAGAUCCUGCCAAUUUACAAGGAAGUUCUUUCUGAACUAAAAGCAGCUGGUGUAACAUGGAUUCAGUUUGAUGAGCCCACCCUUGUGUUGGAUCUUGAGUCGCACCAACUGCAAGCAUUUACUCAUGCCUACUCAGAACUAGAGUCAUCUUUAUCUGGCUUGAAUGUUCUUAUUGAAACUUACUUUGCUGAUGUUCCUGUUGAGACAUACAAAAUACUUACUUCAUUAAAUGGUGUAGCUGGCUUUGGAUUUGAUUUAGUUCGUGGAACAAAAACACUUGACUUGAUAAAGAGUGGAUUUCCCUCUGAUAAGUACUUGUUUGCUGGAUUGGUUGAUGGACGAAACAUUUGGGCUAAUGAUCUUGCUUCUUCGCUUUGUACCUUACAGGCUCUUGAGGGUAUUGUUGGCAAAGACAAAGUUAUAGUCUCUACAUCAUGCUCUCUUCUCCACACUGCCGUGGACCUUGUGAAUGAAACUAAGUUAGACAAUCAGCUCAAGUCCUGGCUUGCAUUUGCAGCACAAAAAAUAGUUGAAGUAAAUGCCUUGGCCAAGGCAUUUGUCGGACAAAAGGACGAGGCAUUUUUUGCUUCCAAUGCUAUGGCUCAUGCUUCAAGAAAAUCCUCUCCUAGAGUGACAAAUGAAGCUGUGCAGAAGGCUGCUGCUGCCUUGAGGGAUUCUGAGCAUCGCCGUGCGACAAAUGUAAGUGCUAGACUGGAUGCUCAGCAGAAGAAGUUGAACCUACCAAUCCUUCCUACCACCACUAUUGGAUCUUUCCCUCAAACCAUGGACCUUAGAAGAGUGCGUAGAGAGUACAAGGCUAAGAAGAUCUCUGAAAAUGAUUAUGUCACUGCCAUCAAGGAGGAAAUUAACAAAGUUGUCAAGCUCCAGGAAGAGCUUGACAUUGAUGUUUUGGUGCAUGGAGAGCCAGAGAGAAAUGACAUGGUUGAGUACUUUGGAGAGCAAUUAUCUGGUUUUGCCUUUACUGUGAAUGGGUGGGUCCAGUCAUAUGGAUCCCGUUGUGUCAAGCCUCCUAUUAUUUAUGGUGAUGUGAGCCGCCCCAAGGCUAUGACUGUCUUUUGGUCUUCAACAGCUCAGAGUAUGACUAAACGACCUAUGAAAGGAAUGCUGACUGGACCUGUUACGAUUCUGAACUGGUCCUUUGUGAGAAACGACCAGCCAAGGCAUGAAACCUGCUACCAGAUUGCCUUGGCCAUUAAGGAUGAGGUUCAAGAUCUUGAGAAGGCUAGCAUUACUGUUAUCCAGAUUGAUGAGGCUGCUUUAAGAGAGGGUUUGCCUCUUAGGAAAUCUGAGCAAUCUUUCUAUCUGGAAUGGGCUGUUCACUCCUUCCGGAUUACUAAUUGUGAUGUCAAAGACACUACUCAGAUUCACACUCACAUGUGUUACUCAAACUUCAAUGACAUCAUUCACUCAAUUAUAAACAUGGAUGCUGAUGUGAUCACCAUUGAGAACUCGAGAUCAGAUGAAAAGCUUCUAUCGGUCUUCCGUGAUGGUGUCAAAUAUGGAGCCGGAAUUGGUCCUGGUGUGUAUGACAUUCAUUCUCCUAGGAUCCCAUCUACCGAAGAAGUUGCUGACCGGAUCAACAAGAUGCUUGCAGUCCUUGAGAGCAAUAUUCUGUGGGUCAAUCCUGAUUGCGGUCUCAAGACACGCAAAUACUCUGAAGUCCAGCCUGCUCUUACCAACAUGGUUGCAGCUGCCAAGCUCAUCCGUACCCGGUUGGCAAGUGCUAAGUGAGUUUACGAGAUGCCAUGAGAUUAUCUCGCAAGCUUUUAGAAUGGAAAAGAUCUGCCAGAGCUUGAAUAAUGUUUCUGCUUUCUGUUGAAAUGAUUUACAUUUUUUUUCUUUGCUUAGGAGUUAAUUGAUAUGUAUUCGUAUCAUCUUAAUAUAUACAUAUCCUUUGAUUUCCCCGAGGCAUGAAGCAGAAUCGCCAUUAUUCUCUAAAAGUUGUAUCGUAUUUUACAUGUGUUUAUAAAAAAAAAAAAAAGGUUAAAGUAACUUCAUGAUCAUUCGUAGUUAAUCCUUUCUCUUGAGCAUCAAUCUUCAAUGGAAUGAUACGGAAACCAGUUGAAGUCCGCCCAUAAUAUUCAGCUGAACAACAGGACAAAAAACUGGGAAGUUAAAAGAAGAAACAAUUUAUGCGAAGCAUUGCUAGGCUUGAAAAACAAGGGAGUUUGAUUAGCGAAUUGCUUCAAGAGCAUGAGAAGAUCGUUGUAUGCCAAGAUUGGAGAUUGACAGAAAGGUAAGAGGUAAUGGAGUUUUUGGAAUUGGAAAUUCAGAAAAGCAAAAUGGCAAAAGUUGUUGAUGGAGGUUGAGAGCCCGCUUUGGCAAUAUGUUGAAAAGAAGACUAGUUUGAAUUGGAAGAGAUGUUUCGAAAGGACUUGCAGCAAAGGUGAAGAAACUUCAAGACUGGAAUAAGAACUUGGCCCAAAGACAAUAGGCUUGCAAAUUCUCUUUAUUAUUAUUUUUUUAAAAAGAGAGAAUACUAAGCUCAA